AUGCUCAUACUCGCCUGCUUCGCCUACUCCCUCUCCCCCCUGCUGAGGCCGCUGCCGCCACUGCGGCCUCGCACUCGUCAGCCCAUCGCCUCGGAGCCCGAAGACCCAUUCGUGGUGCUCGGCGUGAGCCGCAGCUCGUCGCUUGCAGAGGCGUAUCGGAAGCUUGCUCGAGAGGUUCACCCCGACGUGGGAGGCACGCCGGAGGCCUUUCGCCGCGUGACCAAAGCCUUCGACGCCAUCCUCGGCGGUCGGCGGACGAUCGACGCGACAGGGGUGCGGCGCAAGGCGCGCGAGCGGGCGGCGGCGGAGCGCACGGCCGAGGAGGAGACUGCGGAGGCCUCCGAGCGGCGGCGGGGCCGGUGGCGCGAGUCGCUCUUCGACGCGAUCUGGCGCGAUCACAUGCCGCUGCGCGCAAAGGCGUCGCAGGAGGCGCGGCCCGCGUUCGUUCGUGCGAUGGAGCGCGCGACGCAGGCCUUUGUCGACGGCGGCGUGGCGCGAGCCGAGUCGGAGGAGCUGGCCAGCCGGCUGGAGGAGUCGGAGCGGGCGCUGCUGCGCCUCACAAACCGCGAGGUGCUCGAGGUCGAGGUGGCCGACGUGAAGCAGCGGCUGCAGUGCCACCGCGCGCGCGUGCGCCACCUCGAGGUCGAGAUCGGGCGCGCGCAGGGCCGCGCCGAGCUGUGGCGAGGAGCGGCGCCCGUCUCUCGCGACGACCGCGUGCAGGCCAUGGAGCGAGAGCUCGCAUUCCUCGAGCAGGCGAGAGAGACGCCUCCGAGACCCGACCCAGAACGGACCGCUCCUGGAGGCUCCCCAGGCACCCUCCUACGGCUCCUCGCCCCUCUGCAGGCGGCGCGGCUGAGAGACAGGCUAGACGAGCAGCGCCGCGCCAUCGAUCGGCUAAGGUUCCUGCAGGAGGCGCUGCAGGCCCGCGUGGCGGAGGCGCCGCCCCGCGAGCGCGAUUUCGCGGCAGACGUGCCGGUGAGCUGA